GAAAAACAGCUAGAAAUACAAUAAAUCAUAUGUGUGCAGCGUACAUUGUUGGGUAUAAAACAAGUCUUAAAUUAUAAAGAUGAUACAUUUGGAAACCCAACAAUGGUAUCGGUAAUAUACGACACUAAGGCUAUACUAUAAAAUUUUGACUAAUCAUUUACUUAAUUAAUGAAUAUUAUGUAUUGACCUUUUAUUAGGCUUAAACCGCAUUACGAUAAAGUUCAAGUCUGAAACUUUAGGGUUUGUAACAGAUAGUCUUCUUGUACAAUCACAUGCAGGUGAGUGAAAAUGUAAGCCUAUAUUCAUUACCCUGUUUAGCCUUUCGCAGCUAUAUCUAAUUUGUGUGCAUUUAAACGCAGUAUGAUCUUGUUCGACUGACGACAUUUGUUUUUCAUAUUAAUACAAUGAUUAGUGCUUUAUAUCUGAUCGAUUUAAUUCCAUGUAGCAAUUUAAUUCAUGAUAAUAAAAUCAAUAUUAUAAGAUCUAUUUGAGAGCUUUUUAUCGUAUGUUCCUCAGAUGCCACAUACCAGAAUGCGAUUCAGAUAGCCCCAUAUUUAGGCCUGAUUGGCUGUUGAACGCAAUUCCCGGUACCAGCGAAACAAACUUCGAUAAUUGCAACCGAUUUGCUAACAGCACAUCUGAAGUAUUAGCUAAUGAAUGCCCAGCCGGUUUAUUUAACAAAGACGAGCUGGUCAGUUGUGAAAAUUAUGUUUAUGAGAAUACUAACUCUGUGGUGUACGAUGUAGGUAAUUUUAAUGCUAUAGCUGCAUAUGACUAACCUUACAUAUUGAUUGCUACAUCAAUAAUUUUCUUGUGGAAGUUCGACUUAGGUUGCGAUGACUGGCGGCGCUCAUUGAUUGGCUCAAUCCGCACACUGGGCACUAUGGUGUGCUUGCCUCUCACCGGGUUCAUCUCAGACCGCUGGGGCCGCCGCAUCGCUGUCGCUUUUUCUGCCUUUAACGCCUGCUGGUUGGGUGCGACGAGAUACUUCGCCAAUACAUAUAUCGUAUUUGUUUUCUUGCAAUUUCUAGAGUCUUCAUUAGGAAACGGUGCAUAUACAGCUUGUUUUAUUCUCUUGAUGGAAAUUGUUGGGCCCAAAUAUCGUGUUAUCAUCGGGACCUUGACGCAGACCUUUUUCUCAGUGGGUCAAGUGACAGUGGGCUUGAUAGCUUGGGUUGUCCCUGAUUGGAGGAAUCUCACUCUCAUUAUAUAUUUGCCACAAAUAAUUUCAGUAUCAUACUUAUGGAUCAUGACCGAAUCUAUUCGGUGGCAUAUGAGCAAAGGCCGUUAUGAUAAAUCUGAGGAAACCCUUCGGAAAAUGGCUAAAGCAAACGGUAAAGUUCUAUCCCAAAAGUCUUUGGAUGCGUUAAAGAACUCUGCCCAAGAGUUUAAAAUAAAACAAGAUAUGAUGAAAGAAAAUAUGAAAAACGAGCCUUGGUUAAUAGCAAUAGUAUUUCAGCAUAAAGCAAUACUAGUUCGUUGUAUUGUGUCCCCGAUUUUGUGGGUGACGAUGACAUUCGUAUACUACGGGAUGUCAAUCAACGCCGUGAACUUAUCAGGGAACAGAUACCUGAACUAUGUAGCCGUCUCUAUGGUUCAGAUUCCUGGUUAUUGGACAGCUAUGUUCCUACUCGAUAGAAUUGGAAGGAGGCCUGUGCUGAUGGGGGCUUAUUGGAUCUGUGCGAUAUGCCUGUUGGCGUAUAUAUUUGUUCCGGAAGGUCAAUAUGUGGUAUCCUUGUGCUUGUACCUGAUUGGCAGUUACUGCAGCGCCACCGUGGUCACAGCACUAUACAUCUACACCACUGAGCUGUAUCCCACUAAGUAUCGCCAUCGGUUGUUUGCCUUUUCAUCUGCUGUCGGCAGGAUCGGUUCUCUCUUGGCACCACUGUCUCCGGCAUUGGUAAAUUUAGAUAUUUUUAUUUCAAUAAUAUUACUAGGUUAUUAAUUUCUUAUAUUUUCACGUAAAACACACAAAUGACAUAACUUUUAAACGGUUUCAU